AGUGCUUAUAUGUUGGGUACUUUCUAUUAGAUAAGUAAAGAGUAUCGUUUUGUUUAAAAAUAAUUUCUUCACGAUAUAUGGCAAUGGCCCUCGCUGACGCGAUGCUGCCGUCAAUAUCUGCUUUUGCAAAUCAGACACAUGAGGUGAAACAGCCUGCUCAGCACUGGAUAGUGGAGACGAGCAUCGGUGACGACAUGAAACCGCUCAUCGAGGUGGAGUUCAGCAUCGUGGAGGCUCCUGCGCUGAGAAAGGAGGAGGAUGACCUGUCGAAGUUUUUGGAUUUAGAGUUUAUCUUGUCCAACACAAUCGGGAAUAAUCCCGGCGGUCAGUCUACGUAUCCACUGCCAGAAUCGCCGGACAGCUGUAGUACAGUGUAUGACAGCGACAGCUCCCACCAAACGUCCAACACUUACGGCAACGGCAGUUAUGGCUCAAGUCCGGGUCAGAGUUUAGUGGCGGAGUUGCUGACCCCUGACAUGGGUUAUCAGGGCGACGCGCAGCAAGAUUACAGACUCACUGAGCAGAGAGAGUAUACUGAGCUUGGAGUCCCAAGCUCAGAGAACCAUGUGCACUUAGCUGCAAGCACCGUAAAUCAUAUGGGAUACAAAAUCAAAACGGAGAGUCAGGAACAGUCGUGCAUGAUGCCAACAGACUUCAUGGGACUUGGCUACGAACAAAAAUCCCCGCGGCUCAUGCACAACGGACUUAUGCAACAGCAGGGGUGCGCGCAGGGGUUUGCACCUCAGAUCCUUCACAGUUUGUCCCGGGACGGAAUGCCGCGGAAAGACUGUCACCUGGCGGAGAUGAGCGCGCACCACCACUCCCAUUUGGUACACUCCCAACAGUACUUGCCAGGUGCGCCUUACCCGCCACAGUACCCCCAGCACCCUGGAGCGCAGCAAUACCAUGGACAAUACGGCAUGUUCAGGGAGCCUAUGCAUGCCCAUCAUCCGGGCAUGCCUGGCGCGGUGUUGACCCCACCAUCAUCGCCAUUGCUGGAAUUCUUCGCCGCCGAAGAUACUAAGCCAAAGCGAGGCCGUCGAUCUUGGGCAAGGAAGCGAACAGCAACGCAUAGCUGUGAAUUUCCUGGCUGCGGGAAAACGUACACCAAGAGCUCACACCUGAAAGCGCAUUUAAGGACACACACAGGUGAAAAGCCUUACCACUGCACCUGGGAGGGCUGUGGCUGGAAAUUCGCCCGGUCAGACGAGCUGACCCGUCAUUACAGGAAACACACUGGACACCGGCCAUUUCAGUGUCACCUUUGCGAGAGGGCCUUUUCGAGAUCCGACCAUUUGGCUCUGCACAUGAAGAGGCAUAUGUAAUUUUUUAUUCUGUAAUCAUUUUUCAUCUCGCUGUUUAGCGGGUGUUAGUUUUUUACUUGUAAAUAUGCGACUUGGAUAAAUUAGGUUAAAUUAUAGUUGUAUUUAAGAAAGAUGAGAUGCUGAUUGUGCAUCCCUUGUAAAUUAUUUUCUGUUGACAUGAAUAAAUGGAUAUGGGACAAAUCGGGGCAGGACCCACUUCAUAUUUUUCUAUAGGCCUAUGCAUUGGGUUAGUUUUGCUUCAUGCUUUUUAUUGUAAUUGUACAUUUUGUAUCCACCGCAUCUGUCAGUGGUGUGUGUUUGUAUUAUAGCAGUUAAGACUGACUGACAGUUUCAUUUAUCAUUUUAGAAAUUGCCAUCAAAUUAAUGACAUGAUGAAGUUAUGGAAUUUAAGCGCUAACAAGAUUAUCUGUAUACUUGAAUUUUCUUUUAAAUCCCUGUUUGAAAAUGGCAGUUCUGUUUCACAGACUAUUGUUGGUUUUAAAGAAUGUCCUUAAAAGCAGUCAAAACAAAUAAAAACAUUCUAAAGAGUAUUCACAA